AUGGAGGACUUGAGCGAGUUGAAUGAUUCGCCAAGCUGCGCCAUUAUUCGAGAGAUUUAUGAUUCAGAAAAUUCACAUGAACAAUUCGAACUAGAUCUAGAAAAUGCACUAGAAGCUCGUUAUGAUGUCAUCGUUAUCGAGCCAGCCAGUAUUGGCGAUGAGACAUCACGUUGGAUAACAGUUGGUAAUUGCCUACAUAAAACUGCAGUCAUAGCUGGAAUUGGCUGCUUAUUUAGCCCUCUUUUCUUGCCUACAAGUUGGAAAGUGCUUAGCUUUUCGUCGGGUGCUGUUAGUGUAACUUCAGCUUCAAUCUAUGGUUUAUCAUGGCAAUUUGAUCCAUGUUGUAAAUAUCAAUUGGAACGUGAUUCUUUAAAAUUGGCCAAAUUGGCUUUACCUAAUUUAACUUCAUCCUCGCCUGUCAUUUUAGUGCGAAAAGAUGAUUCGUAUAGAAAAAAAUUACAAAAUUUCUUUGCAAUUGCAUCAGCAUGCUACUGUGCCUUGACGUUAUAUAAAUGGCUAAGAGCUUGA